UCUGAGCCUCGCAAUCCCACACACAAGCACCUGCGGAGCAUUUUUGCCCAUGAGAUGUGACGAUCGAUUCUCUCGUGGCCUGCGUUCUCUGUUCUUCCAUAUCCCGCGCUGUCACUGCCAUAGCCUCUUCUGCUAGCAGCAGCCUCCAGCCAGAACACUCCCUGCGUCCGCCGCUUCUCGGUCCACCCUCCUCCAGUCGCCUACCAUGGCUCCGACCAAGACCUCGCGAAAAGAUCAUGACGACCAUAAAGCCGAUACUCCCACCGGAGGCAAGAACGGCCAUGGCUCUACAAAGAUGCGCCGUGGCGCCAGCCAGCAGACUCACGCUGCUCUGAACCGCGAGCUGCAUGCCGCUCCCACGUCGGCGCCCGUGCAAGUGCCGACCGAGCCUCUUCUACCCAGCCUUCCCUGGGCCUCCUUCGAGCGGCGAUCCCUCCACGCCUACCUCCGCGAGCACGAGCUCACCACACCGUCCUCCUACACCAGCUCCUUUCACAAUUGGGUACUGUCACGACCCGGCAGCUUGGGCUUAUACUCACCCACCAUGGUCCGCAAGCAGCAGAUCAAGCGACAGUCCAAAGACCAGCUCGCCUUGGCCGUGCGCAAGCACUUCAAUGGGCUGGGCAUCCAAGAAAACGAUGUCAUUGUCGACUUCAUCUACAAAGUCCGCAACCACCAAGGUGUCAAGGACCAAUCACCGACUAAAUACAGCAUCGAGGUGGCAGAUUGAACUGAUCCCUUAUACAAAUGAAGAGCUCUGAGAGAAAAGAGCAAGGCUCCAAGAUUUGCUUAGCAUGGGUCGGUGUUUUUGGCGUUUUCUAGGUUCCUGACCACGACACACCAGCUGUGUGCGUAUGGGGUAGAUACCCGUGGGAGUCGUUUGGCACUCUGAACUUGUUCUCCUUUUUUUUUUUACUGCUUGUCAUCUUCCUUCAAAGUGCGAGUCAUGUCGGCUCCCGUGGCGCCCUUUGGUGGUGCAAUGCUAGGGACCAAAGAGCUUUUUGGAUUCGGACUUUUUUUUUUU